CUCCAUACAAAUACAUCCUCCGAGUAUCUAGUAUCAUGGCCGUUACGCAUCCGCGCCGUCCGCUUCCAGGCCUGUAUUACUACUUCUUCUGGCUCAUUGAACCUGCUUUGACUCUGGCUGGAGCUUGGUCAGCAAUUAGCAACUCACAGGGCUAUGCUGCUGAUCUCCUCCACAACGAAGAGCCAGGAACGGUCAACCUGGGCAAAACCAUCCGAGGACAAAUUGUGGUCGGCGGCCUCGGUAGCUGCUUCUUGCUGUUCGCCAUGAUCUCUCUGUCCCUGUUUCCCAUCAUCAAACGUUCGUUACCGGAUAGGCCAGACAUUCAGGAGAGAUUGGUCAAGGGGAUCCUGAUCCCUCUAGCCAUUGCUGAUUUGACUCAUAUAUCCAUGACGCUGCUGCCCUUACCAAUGUCGCUGCUUCAGCAGCCGCUCAAGUGGACAUACAUGAUUCAUUGCAACGUCAUGAUCACAGCCUUCUUGUUCCUCGUCAGGUCGAUGUACCUACUAGGUGUUGGUCGAGGUAAAAGCGCAAAGAGAGCCUCCCGGAAAGAUCUGUAAGGGGACCGACUGGAGGCAGCGAGCUCUUGUACGAUACACGAGGCCUCUCUGAGUCAUGUACUAAGCGGAGCCAUGCAUCUGUGUGAUAUUCGUC